AGGUUUGGAGAACCACAAAUUAAACAGGCGGAACUAUAAGCUAAGGGACUAUCGAGUAACGGCUUGAACAUGAUCUAGUAUCCAAAACAACUGAAUACUUACCUCGCCAAGAAGAUCAUACUUUAACAAUUUGUAAAAGCUGGUAACAAUGUUGGUGCGCUGGCUAGUGUUGUGCGUGGCGCUGUGCGCACGGCCGGUGGUAUCCCAGGGCACGCAGCAGUGUCCUGCCUCCAACACCAUCACGCCCUGCAGCUGCACCGUCAAGAAAAACGGACUCGACAUACUCUGCGAGUUCACUGAACAACAGCACAUACAAAAGGCAAUGAACACGCUACGAUCAAAGCCGAUGAUAAUAUUCUACCUGAAACUUCGGCACAACAACUUAGCGAAGCUUCCCUCAUAUAUUUUCCUAGGGCUUGACAUACGUCACCUCACCGUACAUAAUAGUAGCUUGGCUGUUAUUGAAGAUUCCUCGCUCAGUUCUAUUGGCAACAAGUUGACACAACUCGACGUAUCCCAAAACAGCCUGGCGACUAUACCAACAUCGUCGUUUACGCAUCUCAAUCAUUUACUCAUACUCAAUAUGAAUCAUAACAAGGUAACUGCGGUUCAUAACAGAGCUUUUAUCGGUCUCGAUACAUUAGAGAUAUUAACUCUAUAUGAGAACAGAAUAUCAGUGGUAGACGCUGAAGCUUUUAAGGGGCUGGAAAAGAAACUUAAAAGAUUGAAUAUCGGCGGUAACGAAUUGACAGCAGUACCCCAGAAGGCAUUAGCUUUAUUGGAAAAUCUGAAAAAAUUGGAAAUGCAGGAAAACAGGAUUACUUCAAUUUCGGAAGGUGAUUUUGCAGGUUUACGAAAUCUAGAUUCUUUAGGGUUGGCACACAAUCAGUUAAGGGAAGUACCGGCACAGGUUUUCUCUCAUUUAACAUUCUUAAACUCUUUGGAACUGGAGGGAAAUCAAAUACAGAGAGUCGACGAUAAAGCAUUCGCUGGUCUUGAAGAAAACCUGCAAUACUUGCGUCUCGGUGAUAAUCGUCUACACGAUAUCCCUUCGGAAGCUCUGCGACCAUUACAUAGACUGCGGCAUUUGGACUUGCGAUCGAAUAACAUUACCUACAUCAGUGAGGAUGCAUUUACUGGAUACGGCGACUCUAUUACAUUCCUGAAUUUGCAAAAGAACAUGAUUCAUCAAUUACCAACAAUGGGUUUCGAUAAUCUCAAUUCUCUGGAGACGCUCAACCUACAGAACAACAAACUACAACAUAUUCCCGAGGAGAUAAUGGAACCGAUAUUGGAUACUUUACGAGUAGUCGAUAUUAUGGAUAAUCCAUUGAUUUGCGACUGCGAGCUGGCGUGGUAUGAAGUAUGGCUCUCCGGUCUCAGAGACAGGGACGACGAAAUGAUGCAGAAGAAGCGCACCGUCUGCACCAUG